AUGAGGAGGGUAGCGCACCUCAGUUUUACAAACGGGGACGAGGAGAGGGAAGAAGGUCCUCCUUCCGCUCAUUUAGAUCCUGUCUCGCCUUCUCUCAAUGGCGACGGGGUCGGCGGCGCGCCGUCGCCCGCGUCGACGAGACGCGGCCCAUCGAGUCUCGAUUCUGUGACUUCUGUUUCAUAUGGUCCAGCGCCUCCUGCUUUUCCCGUCCCCGAUCCUCUUCUUUUCUCUUCUUUUGCAGGCCGGAACAAGUCGCGGGUUUUGGUCGACGCGGACGCCGUCGCUGCGACGGGGGACGCCGGAGGGGGGGGCAGCCCGUCUUCUCCGUCCGGGGGGAGCGGGUCUGGCGUGGCGGCCUCUUCCGCGUCUUUUCGAGCGCCGGUCUUCAAUCGGCCUCUUCGCUUGGCCUCAAAGUCCUCGUCUGCUUCCUCGUCCGCCUCCGCCAAGCCAUCGCUGUCUCUCUCUCCGCUGCUGCAAAGAGGCGGGACGCGGCAGGCCCCGUUCGAUGCACACGGGGUCGGUAGCGACGGCCUUUCCUCUGUUUCUACUGCGCCUGGCAGCAGCACGCCCUCUGCAGUUUCGUCUGUCUCGUCCUCCUCCCGGCUCACCAAUGCAGAGGCGCGGUCUUCCUCGCCGUCUUCCGCGCCGGCGCGCGCGCGACGCAUGCGUUCCGGCUGGGACCUUGAAGAGGGCGCGGAGGCGACGGAAGACGAGAAGAAGUGGGAGAAGGAGGCCGAAAUCGAUGAAGAGACAGAAAAGAUGCUUGCGCGCGUCUGGUACGACCGCGACGAGGGCUCCGGUCUCUCGCUGGGGGAGUACAUGGAUCGCGACGAAGACCAGCGAGACCGACUGAGAGAGAGAGAGGAGAAGCUCAAGAAACUCCAGGUUCAGUCGCGGAAGCAGUGGCGCGAACAACAGCGUCACGCGGAUAACGACGCGUGGGAGCGAGAUCGAAUGAAUCGCAGUGGAGUCGGCGAAAGACGAGAAGUAGACUUCACGGCCCUUAUUGCGGAAGAGGAAGACGACCAGAAGGAGCACGUCAUCUGCAGAAAUAUCCGUCCUCCUUUCCUGGAUGGAUUCGACGUAAAAAGCGAACUCCCUAUGAUGGUGCAGGACGUCACCAGCGACAUGAACGUCAUGGCAAGGAAAGGCAGCGCGAUGCUGCGCUUCGUAAAGGACCAGGAAGACCGCUCGGCAGUGCGGCAGCGCUUCUGGGAGUUGGCAGGCUCGACUCUCGGCACGCUGCUGCAGUCCAGCGACGAACAGGAAAAGGCGCAGCUGGAGAAGCUCAAGGCGCAGAGCGCCUGGAAGGCCGCGGGCGAAGACGAGGCGGAGGAAGACCGGCAGAGCUUCCGCCAGCAGAAUCAGUACGCCGCGGCGCUAAAGUCGUCGGGCGCGGAGGCCACCAGCGAGUUCGCCCGCACACAGACCCUCGAAGAACAACGCAAGUCUCUGCCCGUCUACGCCGUCCGCGACGAGUUCCUAGAAAUCGUCCGCGAACACCAGAUCGUCGUAGUCGUCGGCGAGACGGGUAGCGGAAAGACAACGCAACUGACGCAGUACUUGUUUGAGGCGGGGUACUGCUCCCCGCCGUCUCUGGAGCCGAAGCCCAGACCCACAGAGAGUCUGCUCAGGCUGACGCGCUCGACGCCUUUCGCACAGCCCAUGAAGAGGCGGCGAACCGCGCGGGGGGAGGCGGGUGCCGAGGAAGAGGAGAGCGACGCGACCGGAAACCCUCUCGCGGCGGGCGACGCGCCCGCAGCGACUGCUGGCGUCGCGCAGGCCAUCACGCUCAUCGGCUGCACGCAGCCGCGCAGGGUGGCGGCGGUGUCGGUCGCGAAGCGCGUCGCGGACGAAGUGGGUACGGAGCUGGGGGACGAAGUCGGCUACGCCAUCCGCUUCGAAGACUGCACCAGCGCCCGCACGCGCAUCAAAUACAUGACCGACGGUGUGCUGCUCAGAGAGUCUCUGAGCGACGCUGACCUUGACAAAUACGCGGCCGUAAUCAUGGACGAGGCGCACGAGAGGUCGCUGAACACAGACGUGCUGUUUGGCAUUCUCAAGGGUGUGGUGUCGCGGCGGCGGGACUUCCGGCUGAUUGUUACCUCCGCGACGAUGGAUUCAGAUCGCUUCUCCGCGUUCUUCGGCGGGGCGGUUGUGUUCCACAUCCCCGGCCGCACCUUCCCCGUGGACGUCGAGUUCGCGCGCUCGCUGCCUGACGACUACGUGGACGCGGCUGUGCAAAAGUGCCUUGCAGUCCACUGCAGCACGCCGUGGAAGAAGAAGUCGGGCUCAGCCGGCAAGGCCUCUGCGGAGAGCGAGGGGGGGCCGGGUGGAGCCGGCGCGGGCGCCAAAGCGGACGGCGGAGACGGCGCGGGCGCCAAAGCGGGCGCGAAGGGCGUCGGAGGCGGGGCGUCGCAGGACGAUGACAGCGAGGAGAACGGGGGAGACAUUUUGAUUUUUAUGACAGGGCAGGACGACAUCGAGGUCACGUGUUUGCUGCUCGCGGAGCGCCUGGGUCAGCUGGGCGACAAGGCGCCGCCGCUGACGAUUUUGCCUAUUUACUCGCAGCUGCCUGCGGACCUGCAGGCGCGCAUUUUUCAGCAGUCGCCGUUUCGGAAGGUGAUUGUGGCGACCAACAUCGCGGAGACCUCGCUGACGGUCGACGGCAUCAAGUACGUGAUCGACCCAGGUUUCUGCAAGAUGAAGGUCUACAACCCCAAGAUCGGUAUGGACUCGCUGCAGCUGACGCCGAUUUCGCAGGCGAACGCGAAUCAGCGCAAAGGGCGCGCAGGGCGGACGGGUCCGGGGGUCUGCUACCGCCUGUACACGGAGCGCGUCUUCAUCAAGGAGCUGCUCACCACCACCGUCCCAGAGAUCCAGAGAACGAACCUGGCGAACGUCGUGCUGCUGCUGAAGAGCAUCGGAAUCCGCGACAUCCUCGCCUUCGACUUGAUGGAUCCGCCGCCCGAGGAGACGAUCGUGAACGCGCUCUACCAACUCUGGGUCUUGGGCGCGCUGGACAACUUCGGCGAACUCACCGCGCUCGGCAAAAAAAUGGUUCUCUUCCCGCUCGAUCCGCCGCUCUCCAAAAUGGUGCUGGUCGCGCAGACUCAGCGGGCGACGCGCGAAGUCGUGACAAUCGUCUCCAUGCUCUCGAUCCCCGCGAUCUUCUACACCCCCAAGGAGAAACAGGACGAAGCCGAAGCCGUCAAAGAAAAGUUCUUCGUCCCUGAAAGCGACCACCUCACGCUCCUCAACGUCUACCAACAGUGGAAACGCAGUCAAUACAGCAGCCCGUGGUGCACCAGCCACUUCGUCCAACCUAGGGCGAUGAAGAAGGCUCGCGAAGUGCGCGCGCAGCUGCUGGACAUCAUGGAGCAGCAGGGCAUUCCCGACGUCUCGUGCGGCACUGACUGGGAUGUCAUUCGCAAGUCGAUCUGCGCCGGAUACUUCCACCACGCCGCGAAGCUCCGCGGCAUCGGCGAGUACGUGAACCUGCGCUCUUCUAUUCCCUGCCAUUUGCAUCCGACGUCUUCGCUCUACGGCGCGGGGCACACGCCAGACUACGUCGUGUACCACGAAGUCAUUCUGACCACCAAAGAGUACAUGCGAAACGUCACUGCAGUCGAGGCCGCGUGGCUCGCCGAACUGGGUCCGAUGUACUUCGCGCUGCGCCGCCUGGGCGAGGGCGGGCGCCAGGCGAGGGAACGCGACGAGGACGAAAAUAGAAAGGCGGAAUCUCUGUUUCAAGAACAGCUCCGCGCCGCGGCGGAAAAGAAGAAGGCGCAGGCGGAAGCGGCGCAGGCGGCGGCGCGCGAGGCUCAGCAGUUCGCCAUGGCGACGGCGGGUCGUCGAAAGAGGCCGAUGGGCGCCCGCACACCUGGCUUCAUCAAAGUUUCUUCUGAGGAUUUCUAA